GACAGCUAAUCUUUGCUGCACAGUUCCCACUAGCUGGAAUGUGGGACGUUCCUAGAUAAAUCACCAGCAAGCUCCUGGUCUGAAUCACGGACUCUCGUGCCUUGUCCCAACACCACUGCCUGCUCUGAAAGCAACUUGCAAAAUGGUUUGCAAAGUCCUGCCCCGUGCAGUGUGAACCAGCAGCCUUGACACCAAGAGGAUGGAGCACCUCUUGCUGAAGCCAUCGGGACAUCUGUCCUAAGUUGCCUCUCCUGACAUCCUUUGUGAGUCUGGUGAGGGAAGACAGGAAAUGGAAGGUAUGUAGGGAAAAUGGACCAAAGCUGAGUAACCCCCAGGCCCCAGGGAGCAAUGACUGAGACCUAUUUAAAACCCCGUGGGAACCUGACUGGCCGUGUCCACCUCCCAACUGCGGCCACCGAAGCAGACACGGCAGCAGAUAAAUAUUCCGGGCUCUACGUGUACGUGGGACUGUUCCUGACACUCCUGGCUGUCCUCCUCAUCCUGCUCUUCUCCAUGCUCCUGCGCCUGAAGCACGUUGUGUCCCCGCUCUCCGUGUCUCCAGAGGGCACUGAGAACGCCCAGCAGUUCACAGAUGUGGAAAUGCACAGCAGGAUUCCAACCACGUAGAGACCACAGAGCAAGGAGGAGGGUUCUGUGCUUGUGAAACGUGUUUUGUUCAGCAAAACGUGGUGGAAAGAAUCUGUGGCUGCCUGUUG